UUAUCAAAUAAAAAACAAAUGCUGUUCACAGGUAUUUUCUUACUUUGGUUGAAGACAUUCUAGUCUUCCCAAUUUGUUCCUUGUAAAAAAAGAAGUCACUAGUCCAGUUUCUGACUACACUAACUACAAGUUUCAAUUGGCAUUCAGGUUAUGUAAACAGAAACGACUAGAUCUUGGUUUGAUCACUAAUCAUGUUUUUAAUAGUCAAUUCAGAGUUACAGUACUAUUUUGGAGUCAGCUGUCAUACUUGCGUAAGCUUUAUUUACAAUGUAAAAGGAUUAGAUUUGCAGUUAGCAAAUUAAAAUUAAAAGUCUAAUAAACUGAGUUAGUCAAAACACCUUCAUUUAAACCCAGCCUUUUGUAUCUAAGUAUCAUGGAAAACAUAACACUGUUGUGUGUACAGUUGGCCACUACAGAACUCGGGCAAAGUGGCGCAGUGGAGGGCUAAGUUUCAUUAACUUUGAAUUGCUUUGCUUUUGCUAAAGAAUAACAAACAUGAACUCUAAUUUUAUUUGAAUAUAUUUUCUUCUGUGGUUGCCAAGAGCCAGAAUGACUUGAUGUGCACUAGCUUUUGAUGCAAAAUAGUGGUUUCUAUGGUAUGAAAUCUGGAGAUUCAGGUUUAUAAGUAAAUUUUGUAAAUCAAGUAAAAUAAAAAUACUGUAAAAUGUGAAUUGUAUACACCGCAAAUGUAAAUUGAUACAGCCAUACUACUUAAGUGUCACUUUAUAUGGCACUUUAUUAGUGUCAAAUUAUUUUAUUAAACAGUGAAAAUAGCUAAAUUUAAUGGACAGUAAUUAUUCAAAGUAUUACUACUUUCUCCUUUAUGAAGAUACUGUAAUGCACAUGCUUUCCCAGAAGAUGAAAAAUAUACAGUUUUGACUUUUCAUUGGCUAGAAUUCCCCUUUCCUGUCACUAACUAAUGUUUUCAUGAACAGUUGGGUGCCCAGUUCUGAUAUAAAUAAAAUGCCAGCUAUAUGAGAGAGCAGUGAAGAAGCUAAUGUCGCAAAGGUUACUCGCUCCAGGGAGAGAGGUAGCCUAAAAGACUGCAUUGGAUGGAAGCACGAUUUUAAAAAAAAAGAAAAAAUUGAGCUGAUGGAAAAACAGAACCUUAUAUAAAAUGCAGACCACUGAAUGAAUGGGACAGUAAAUGCUGGCAUUUUCCUAAUAGUUCCUCAAUUUGUAAAGAGCCUCACUUGCUUAUGGGAGUGGGAGUCCUCAUUGGUGCACACAUGAGCUCUCACUAAUUUGCAGAUAAGGGAUCAAAACAGCUAUAUUUUAUCAAACAAUCUUGUAAUAGGUAGUAAAGUUGUGUAAAUGCAAUACUGAGAAUCAAGUAAAAUUAAACCACAUUCUGCUGUUCUUCUUUAGAAACAUUCCUGCGUAAAUACUGCAGUAAUACUGUCAUGCAGAGUGUAUCCUUUCUUGUUGUAUCCUUUUUUGUGCAAUGUUUUCCAUAGCACUCAAAUACCUCCAAGUUCUCUUUUAGUGUAGGUGCGGGGAGGAAUUUAUACUCUUUUUACAAUUUUGUAAAUCUCUGUUAAAAUAAGUAAGAUACUUUAAAAUUAUAAAGGGGACUUUUUCAGGGAGAAAGCUAGUGAAUCCGGUCACUUAUUUACUUAGAGGGACACCAUGAAUGUUUCUAGUCUCAAAAUGUGACCUUUCCUCCCUGUUCCUUCUCUAAAUCCAUAUAAUUCUUUAUUUUAUGGGCCAGAUCCUGAACUGGUGUAAAUUGGCCUUGUUCCAUUGACUUCAGUGGCGCUAUGCUGACUUACAUCAGCUGAUGAGCUGGCCCUAGAUGUUCCUUUUUAAAAAAUAGCAACACCGCACUGUGUUAGAAUGUUUCAGUUUUGAUGGGGUGGUUAUAAGUAGAAAACAAUCCUUGACGUUGUCUUUUUAAGUAAUACAUUCAUUUAAUGACAGCUUGUGUCCCAGUUUAUGGGACGCAACCUGCACUUAGUUUCUCUUGUAACUUUUUCCCUUUUUUAGACUAGAGAACAGAAAAUCUAGCAAUGUCUCAUAAUGAAGUAAUGAAGACUGAAGCUAAACUUUAUUCAUUGCUACCUUUGUUUCCUACUUUCUGGUAGUGUUUUAUGGCAACUAAUCUAUAAUUUUCCUGGGGGUUUUGUAUUACAGCAUUCUGUGAUUAACCUUACUUUUUUUAAGUUUAAUAUAAACUAAUACAUGCUGUAUGUAGUAAGCCAAAUUUAGCUGGCUCAGACAUGAUUCACUAAUUUUCUAUAUCUUAAGAUCUUUCAACUUUCCAGUUAAGCUUCUGACAACUGAACACAGUAAUUUUCCAGUCAUUUAUACUUUUAACAUGCCUUUAUAAUGUUCCAGGUUCCUUUUGUGUUCCAUCUCUUUCAAGUGUUACCAAGCCAUGGGAAGAAGCAAUGUGAUCAACAGGACUGUUGAACAUACAAAAAUCCAUGAGAAGAGCACAAGCUAUUACGGAAAGAACCAUGAAGGCCUUUCUUCUGCUAGCAGCCAUUGGACUUUGUUCGGCGCAAUACAACCCAAAUACAAAACCUGGGAAGAUGUCUAUUGUCCACCUGUUUGAAUGGCGUUGGGCUGACAUUGCUCUUGAAUGUGAACAGUAUUUAGCACCCAAUGGAUUUGGUGGAGUUCAGAUAUCUCCUCCAAAUGAAAAUAUUGUCAUUACUAACCCAUGGAGACCCUGGUGGGAAAGAUACCAGCCAAUCAGCUACAAUCUAUGUACACGAUCUGGAAAUUAUGAUGAAUUUAAAGACAUGGUGACCAGAUGCAACAAUGUUGGAGUUCAUAUUUAUGUGGAUACUGUAGUCAACCACAUGUGUGGAUCUGGUGCUGGCUCUGGUAAUAGUUCUACUUGUGGAAGCUAUUUCAAUGCAGAGACCAGAGAUUUUCCUGCUGUGCCAUACUCAGCCUGGGACUUUAACGAUGGUAAAUGUAAAACUGGAAGUGGAGACAUUGAAAAUUACCAUGAUGUGACUCAGGUCCGUGACUGUCGCCUUGUCAGUCUUCUUGAUCUUGCCCUGGAGAAGGACUAUGUGCGCUCGAAAGUUGCUGAAUACAUGAACGAACUUAUUGAUAUUGGUGUGGCAGGCUUCAGAAUUGAUGCUUCCAAGCAUAUGUGGCCUGGGGACAUGACAGCAUUUUUAGACAAACUGAAAAAUCUAACUAAAACAUGGUUUUCCAAUGGAUCGAGACCUUUCAUUUACCAAGAGGUAAUUGACUUGGGUGGAGAGCCAAUUAAAAGCAGUGAAUACUUUGGAACUGGCCGAGUGACUGAAUUCAAAUAUGGUGCCAAACUGGGUACAGUAAUCCGCAAAUGGAAUGGAGAAAAGAUGGCCUAUUUAAAGAAUUGGGGAGAAGGCUGGGGUUUUAUGCCCUCUGACAUAGCCCUUGUCUUUGUGGAUAAUCAUGACACCCAAAGGGGACAUGGUGCUGGGGGAGCUUCUGUUCUAACCUUCUGGGACUCCAGACUAUAUAAAAUGGCACUUGGCUUUAUGCUUGCUCAUCCUUAUGGAUUUACACGUGUUAUCUCAAGUUACCGUUGGCCAAGAUAUUUUCAGAAUGGAAAGGACAUUAAUGAUUGGGUGGGACCACCAAGCUUUGAGGAUGGAUCAACCAAACCUGUUACAAUUAAUCCAGACUCCACUUGUGGCAACGACUGGGUCUGUGAACAUAGAUGGCAUCAAAUAAAGAACAUGGUUAUUUUCCGUAAUGUGGUUGAUGGCCAGCCUUUCUCAAACUGGUGGGACAAUGACAGCAAUCAAGUGGCUUUUGGGCGUGGUAAUAGAGGAUUCAUCGUCUUUAAUAAUGAUGACUGGAGCUUGAAUGUGAAUUUGCAAACUGGCCUUCCUGCUGGAAUUUACUGUGAUGUUAUUUCUGGGCAAAAGGAAGGUGACCGCUGUACAGGAAUACAGGUGCAGGUUGUAGGUGACGGCACUGCUAACUUCCAGAUUAGUAACCAGGCUGAAGAUCCUUUCAUUGCAAUUCAUGUUGAUGCUACAUUGUAAUCCAUGCAAGAAUGAAUGAUUCUCUGUAUAACAUCUCUAGCAAGGAAUAAACUGUGUUGGCACAAAAGUCAUGUUUUUUUAAUCUCAUUAAUGAAAUACUAUGUCAUUGCUGUAAUAUUAUUACAGAAUAACUAGCACUGGUAGUUUUUUGAGAUGGUGUAACAGGCCUACAAAUAUGGUUCAUUUUAAAGACUACUUCAUUUUAUUUCACAUGAAGACAGUAAAGGAGACAUUAAACCAUGAAUUGAGAUGAUUUUACUGUUGUAAUUCCAAAACUCAGGCAGGCAGACAAACAGACACACACAGUAUAGGUGGAGCUUGUAACAGCACCUAUUUCAGCCGGCUGAAAAAACUGAUUUUUUUGGUUUGCUGGCAAUGCAAAAGUAUUGAAAAAGAUCUUGUUUCACAUCAAACCUGUGACCCUCUGUACCUCAAAGUGG